GUAGAGGAGGUCAUGUAUACGUACGAGGCCGACGUCCGUAUUUUUACCUUGAACCAGGAAGUAACGUCUAACAACAGUCCGUAGACAUUUGGAGAACACAACAAUGGGCUGACUGAGGAGAAUCUAAACAAAAAAAUGGAGAAGUAUUUUGUACUGUGCCUUUUACUGUAUGCUACCGCUGGCUGUUUUGCUGACGACCUCACUUACUUGAACGGGUUUUACUCCAAAACGCCUCAGAGGUUGUCCAAAUACAGCUGGUUCGGGAAUGUUCGGCUCCAUCACUUCAGGGUACCGGAGGAUGCGGUGCUCGUGCGGUGGCUGCUCACGGUCUCACGGGGAUCCGGACUCAACUGUGGCAACCAAAACAUCACUGUGCACUUUAGGGCAGGAGCGCCCCCAGUAAUUAACCCUAUUCAAACAGCCUUUCCGAACUCUACAUCAGCUUCUCUUGCUCAUAAUUUGACGCUGAUUGUUCCCAGUGGACAAAGUUCUAAUGUGACACUGUUCAAUGUGACGCACCCCAAACCAGGAGACUGGUUCCUCGCUGCACACCUGCCUAAGGACGACGGCAAGAUUGAGCAGCAGGGACUGCCGUCUUGCUCGUACUUAUUCCAGGCGCAGAUGUUUUCAAGAAGAGCCUCUGACCUGCCAAUCCUGCAGUACAACAUUCCUCUCUCUCAAACACUUACUGCAUCUCCAGCUCUUUUUAAGGUUUUUGUUCCCGAAUUUUCCUCCAGUUUGGAUGUUUUCAUCUCAAAUUGUUCUGCAAAUGUGGGAAAUGAUUGCGGGCUCUCGAUCACUGUUGGCUCCAGCACUUUGCGGCAGGGUUCAGAGGUGAAACAGAACUGUUCAGGCUUAAAGAUCUGCCACGCAUCUGUUCUCAUUCCCCCAUGGAACACCUGGUUACUGGUUACCGUUGAGACCAAUCAACCAAACACCUCAGUACCUUUCUACAUCGCUGCCAAUGUCACAGUUGGUUGUAAACCCCUGAGCUCCUCUUCAGAUUUCAAUGCUGCAGCCUUCAUUCGUACCAUCAUUGCUCCACAAAGCAACAGCUCAGGUGUUUUCGGUAACUCGUCUACUUCAGCAAAGAACCAGUCAGGCCUUCGUUCUAACAGCUCUGAGCCAAUGUGCAUGAGAAGCCCGUCAGUGUUCAGAGAUGAGCAGGACGUACUUUCUUUUCGAUACAUUGUGUCCGGCAACAACCUCACUGUGACCUCUGACCUUCCAACUGUGCUCGCACUCGAACACUCACCUGGAGACAGUGGAGGCACACUUGUUGUACAGCUCCAGCUUAAUACUAGUUCUCUGAUUGGUGGAUUUGCUCGUGUGAAAGCAUGUCUCACACCUUCUGCUCCUGUGCUUCAACUCAACCGCAGCCAGACUUGUGCUACAGGAUUUGCCCAGGGUUACACUCUGAAUGUGAGCAGCAGUGAAUCAAAUGCACUCUUGAGGAUUCCCUUCCCAGAUGCAGAAAAUUGGUACCUCAGCCUUCAGACCGUGUGCAAUGACAGUGUUGACUGCACGAAUGCAUCGGCUACAGUGAGUGCAUCUGUGAGUGUUAGCGCCUGCAUUGAUGAGUGCGGGCCGUACGGAGAGUGCAGACUUCUGCGCACAUACAACUACCUUUACGGUGCUUGUGUGUGCAAAGCAGGAUGGCAGGGAUGGGGUUGUACGGAUGGAGUGUCUGCGCUCUCGUACUCUCGACAGAUGACUGCAGCUCUGCUUCUCACCCUCAGUAACUUUUUCUUCAUCCCACCCAUCAUCGUAGCACUUUACAGAGGAUACCUCAUCGAGGCUGCCAUCUACUUAUUUACCAUGUUUUUUUCCACGUUUUACCAUGCGUGUGAUCAGCCCGGUGUGACUGUGAUGUGUAUCAUGGACUACGACACUCUCCAGUUCUGUGAUUUCUUGGGAUCUGUCGUGUCCGUCUGGGUGACCAUUGUCUGCAUGGCACGGCUGCAGGAGCCAAUAAAAUACCUGUUGUUUAUGAUGGGCACUCUGGUCAUUUCCAUGGCGAUGCAGUUGGACCGGAGGGGUCUAUGGAACCUUCUGGGUCCCGUCCUGUUUGCUUUAGUCAUUAUGGUCACUUCUUGGGUUUAUCGAGGUGUCAAACGCCAUCAGUGCUACCCUCCAUUAUGGCGCCGCUGGGUUUUGUUCCUGCUGCCAGGCAUCGUAUCCGCUCUGAUUGGAGUAUGUGUGUACGUCUUCGCUCAGACCGACAGCAACUACUACUACACACACUCCAUAUGGCAUGUCAUGGUGGCCACAAGCGUGGUCUUCCUCCUCCCGCCACGAGAGAAGCACGUCCCCCCUUGGGGCUGGACCAACAAAAUCUGCAGCUACAGCAGGUGCAAAAAUGAGAAAGUGCAGCUUUACACUGUCACCUAAACACACUGCUGUUGAUAUUGAUGUGGAGAUUCAUGUGCAAUUUGUACCGUUUUACAAAACCAAGCAACUAGCUUUAAGUAUCACGAUCAAGCUUUACAUUCACCAGUAUGAGUUACAUGUAAGUUCACAAAUACUUCUAGGAAUAGUUUAUGCAGAAUUCAUUUUUUGGUCUAUUCAAACCCAUAAACUAAAACAGGAGAUUUUUUUUAGAAAUACUGACCAUUUAUAAAUCAUUUAGGCCACUUUGAUGGUGCUUUUUUAAAGAAUGAACACUUCUCUUUUGUGUUUCAGAGAGAAAAAAAAUACCUGCAUGCUAGAGGUGUGUGAUAUUUGUUGUCUACAAAAGUAACUAGAUUAGUGGUGGCCAACCCUGUUCCUGCAGAUUUCAGUUGCUACCCAUAUCAAACACACCUGAACCAAUUAUUUAGGACCUGAAAACCACGUGAUAAUUACUGGCAGGUGUGUUUGAUAUGGGUUGCAACUGAAGUCUGCAGUAAAGUGGCUCUCCAGGAACAGGGUUGGCCACCCCUGAACUAGAUUAAGGAUUUACAAGCUUGAUAGUUGACUUAUUUGACAAAACACAAGAGUGACUUUUCAUGAAUAUUAGUGCUUGAGAGUGCUCACAAUAUGAUAUUAAAGGGACAGUUCACGCAAAAAUGAAAACUGACUCACUGUUUACUCUCCCUCAAGUGGUUCCAUAGCUUUAUGAGACUCUUCGUCUGUUGAACGCAAAAGAAGAUAUUUUGAAGAAUGUGUAAUGUAAUGUGUAUUUAUAUAUGUGUUUGGCCAUACACCCAAAGUGCUUCACAGUCAUGUCUCUCCACACCACCACAAGUGUGUAGCAUCCACUUGGAUGAUGCGAUGGCAGCCUACUAUAGACGGAGUGGAGAGACAGGGAUAGAGCCAAUUCGGUGGGUGGGGAUGAUUGGGAGGUCAUGAUGGGUAAGGGCCAAGGGAGGGAAUUGGCCCGGGGUUACACCCCUAUUCUUUUACGAGAAGUGCCAUGGGAUUUGUAAUGACCACAGAGAGUCAGGACCUCGGUUAAACAUCUCAUCCAAAAACAUGGCGCUCACUGACAAUAUGGUGUCCCCUUAACUUUUACUGGAGCAUCAGGUCUCACAGAGACCACAGGUUGAGCGCCCUCUGUUGGCCUCACUAACACUACUUCCAAAAGCAACCUAGUUUUCCCAUGUGGUCUCCCAUCCAGAAACUGACCAGGCUCAGCCCGGCUUAGCUUCAGUGAGUAACCGGUUCUGGGCUGCAGGGUGAUAUGGCUGUGGCUAUGUAAAACUGAACAAUGUUAAAAACCUGUAACCAUUGAUUCCCAUAGUAGGAAAAACACAUACCAUGGAAGUUGUUUAUUACAGAUUUUUAGCAUUCUUCAAAACAUCUUCUUUAGCGUUCAACAUAUUCCUAAAGAUCUAAAACAUGUAAAAGAAGAGUAAAUGAUGACAGAAUUAUAAUUUUUUUAUGUGAACAAUCCCUUUUAUCUAAAUAAACAAUUAAACAAACUAGAGGUUCAUUUUGAGGAAGUUACAAUUUAUACACAAUAUUACCAAUUUAGCAGAACAUUUGUACAUUCUUUGAGCAAUGUUUUAUGUUUCAUUUCUGAAUGAAUCUGUGUUUUGAACUAAUCACUUGAAUCAGCAAUGUAAUUAUUCGAUCAUAGACAGUCUCCUGCUUUGUUUCUAAAUGAAGCAGCUGUUUUAAAUUAAUGAUUCAAUGAAUAAUCCAUAAUGACAGCGACUUGAUGAACCCUACUGAUUUUAGUAACUCAUUUGUUUCAUGUAUCCAUGAAAGACCUAAAACCAGAAAAGGUAUCAUGUCAUAUAAACACACUUUAAAAAAUAAUCUCACACACAUAAAUCCAACAUAAUUCUUGAGAUAAAUGUCACACACUCUUACUGUGUACUGUUUUGAAUGACAGAAUGCCAAAAUUGUCAUGUCUGAGUAAAAUAUUGCUUUAAACAUGAUUCCUUUACACGUUAUAACUAAUGUUUAAAUAAACAAAUUCACAGAGAACACUGACAAUGAGUCAAUUAACAAUAGUCAAAGAGAAUUGUAAUGAAUGUCUUUAUUACGCACUUUAGCUGAUAUUUAGUUUAUAAUUAGUGAAAUUAAGUAUGUGAAUUACACUAGAAUUUUUUGAGGACAAAAAGUCAUGUUAUCUUCUUUAGAGGAAAAAAAAAAAAAACACUACUGAUUUACUAGUUUAUUCAGCCUUGUGAAUCAUUUGAAUCCAAAAACGGGAUAGAUUUCUGUCUAGAAAAACAGAUUAAUUUUCAAUUUUAAGAUAAAAUAAUCUUUUAUUUAACACUAGUGUAUUAGUUUGUUAUAUUUAUAAAUACAUCACACACUUUAUAGGUCUGUGUUUGAGAGUGAUUUCUCCUACAGUAACCAAAACUCUCUCUCUCUCACACAAACACACACACACACACACACACACACACACACACACACACACACACACACACACACACACACACACACACACACACACAUAUAAAGUUAUUAUUAGUUAUUUAAAAAAAAACUUUGGGCAUUUUUGUUACCACUAAGGACUGUUGUCUAUAUCUCUGAGCUUGUGUUUUCCUCACACACACACACACACACACACACUGGAAACUUGUAAAAUAGUUCUUAAUUUAAUACAGCAUUUUUUAAUACCACUGUCAGGAAUGUACAAUAAAAUACCUCCCUUCUGCCUCCCUAAAAAGGGUUUUUCUUUUCCUAAGACGUGCUGUUGCUUUUUCAGGAGGGAGGAUGUUUUACGCUUGAUUAAAACUGCGCUUGCGAACGUAAUAUUGCGCUUCUGUAUGCCAAUUUGAAUGGCUGCGUCUCUUUAAUAGGCUAACACAGUGUUUCUCAACCACGUUUCUGGAGGACCAUCUGCUUUGCACAUUUUCCUUGUCUGAUUCUGAUCAUAAGCUCAUUAGCAGAGACUGAAAGGUCUGAAAUGGAUGUGAUAGACAAAGGAGAGAUCCAAAACAUGCAGUGUUGGUGCUCCACAAGGUAUGUGGUUGAGAAACACUGAGCUAAUGAUGCGUGUGUUUGUUUGUAAUUGGGAAUCUUACGUAUUUAAGAUGACCAUAUGUAUUGGUAUACAUAUGUACUUCUGACCCUCAGGCCAGUUGAAACUUGAAGAGACAUCUGUAGUUGUACUUUUUUGGGGUUGACAUUCAUACUGCGAUGUCCUUUAUUGCUCAUAUGUAUGUUAAACAGUAAAAAAGGAUAAUUGAACUGUUAUUUAAUCCGAUUUUUAAGGUGUUAAAUUGGGGUUGAAAUGUGACACAAGUAUGUUUUACACGGUUUUAUAUUGAUUUUUAUAUUGGAAUGACAAAUCACAAGUAAGUGUGAGCUAAAUCAAUGUUUGUGUUGGUUUUGUUUGUUAUAAUGUGUUAAUCACACGCGCACACACACACACACACACACACAAGUUUUUUUCAUAUGUGAUUUAGUUUUGAUGUAGUAUUGGUUAUUAUUAUGACAAUCCUUGUUCUUGUUUUCUUAAAGGAAGGCCUUGUAAAUUGCACAAAUAUGCACUUGUGUUUAAAAAUGAGGCAGUGCAAUCAGAGAAUAUGUGAGGUAUGUUAAUGUUUUGUUGUUGUUGUUAGUCAUUUUUACAUGUGCUCUUGAUUUUUUCCCUUUUUUUGUCUUGAAAAUUGUUCUAUAAUCUAUAUGCCAAUAAAUGUAAACAUAAUUAA